GUGGCGACUGAGCCUUGCAGUGAGCUGGACACGGGAGGAGAGUUGGGUCAGUGCCACUGUCUCAUCCCUCGGUGUCUGCGGGGCAGGAGUGCCGCAUGCUGCAGCCUGAAGCCAAGGGGCUCGGGACAUCUUCCUUCUGCUCAGGCUUUCCCGGAGGACAUCACCGCUAUUUCAGGCUGCAGGAAAAUGUACUGGGGAAAUCAUCUUAGAGUUCUUCUCACUGUGGCUCUGGUCUGGCAGGCUGUUCAUUUAGAAAAAGGUCCUGAAAGAGAAGAAAGUAAAGAAGAUGUGAAAAGUCUCAAUGCCACGGCACAAAAGCAGCAGCCCAAGAACGAAGGGACCUUCAUAAAUGUGCUCAGUGACAUGAAUCAGAGUUACAAAAGCAGAAAGCAACAGAAUUCCAGGUCAUUCGUACCUUUCACUGGAAUUACAGAGAGUAAAAAACUGAACAGACGCUGCUGCCAGAAUGGAGGGACUUGCAUCCUGGGGACCUUCUGUGCCUGCCAAAAGCACUUCACUGGCAGAUUCUGUGAACAUGACGAGCGGCUAGGCUGUGGCAGCAUUGCUCACGGCGUCUGGGUGCUGAAGGGCUGCUGGCUUUGUCGGUGUGGCUAUGGUACACUGCACUGUCUCUCAGAAGUAAUGCACAGGACCUGUGAUCUGGAAUCGGAAACAGAGGAAAUUAUCAUACUGUAUUCCAGUGGUUUAAGAUUACAGCAAACAGUGUUUUCAGUCGCUUGCCUGCUCAUCAUCCCCCUGAAGUUCUGCUAGCCUGCAGCUGUGAAACUGGACAAGGGGAAAUACUCAGGGCUGAUAUAACCCUCACCAUACAGUCAAUCACACAUUUACUCUAUGAGCUACAGAAGACUACUACCUGCAUGUUGGAGGCAGAUUAAGAUGUAUUAGUUAAUGUUG